CAUUACACUCCUUUGGACAUAAAUCGAAAAUCAACCCUAACCUAGAAUCCUCUCUCUAUAUAAAAGCCCUCAUAGUUCCUCUCUUAAACCCCGGUAUUUUUUUUUUUGACAGUAAUUUAGGCAAUUCGCAGCAAAAAUGGAGGUGAGCAAAUUGAACUCUAACGUAAGUAAUUUGAGGGAGGAGCUAAUGGCCUGCUCAUUUGUGGAAGCAGUAGCUGUUCAAACCCUUUUGGCUGCUCAAAAAUCUCUGGCCUGCCUUCUGAUAGAAUCUCUGUUGGACAAUGUUGAUGGAAUACCAAAAUUGAUUGAGAAAAGGUUUCCCUUGAACGAGCUUCGUAGAAGGGAAAAGCCUGGACCUGAAAAUAAAGACGGAAGUGAUACAGAGAAUAAUGAUGAAGGUGAUGGUGAAGAUGCUGAUGAGCACGUAGAUGACGAGGAUGACGAUGAAGACUUCUCGGGUGAUGAAGAAGGGGGAGACGAUGAAGAAGGGGAUCCCGAGGAUAAUCCUGAGGCUAACGGAAAUGAUGGGAGUGGUGACGAAGAUGAUGAUGAUGGUGACGAGGAUGAGGAUGAGGAUGAUGAUGAGGAUGACGAGGAUGAAGAGGAGGAGGAGGAUCAACCACCCCCGAAAAAGAAGAAGUGAAUUAGCGGUACCAAGUA